CAUGUAUAGGGAAUUAAAUCUUAAACCUAGUAAAAAGAGAGUCGAAACACAAUUUGUCUCUUUUACUAAAUCGUCUACAGCUGAAUUAAGUAGCCCAUUAGAAAGUUAUAAGAUUAACAAAGGUAAAAGAAUAUUCAAACUUCUAACAGACGAUGAUCUCUAUCAAAAGUUUGACGAUUUUAGAGAAACAAAUCCUUUUUCAACAAAGCCUUACGAGGUUUUAAUCAAGCGCCUUGAAUCUAAGCAUUACGGAGCCAACAAACUCAAUAAACUUCGCUUUUUAUUUAAUGAAGAAGAAAAUAUGGGUAGGUUAUAUGUACCAGAUGUUCUAAGAGAAGAUUUGCAAGAUAUACAAUCUUGUUGUAGAUUAAAAAAUUAUGAACCGAAGAGUCAUUUUAUCUAUGCAACAAAAAAUUGGCAUUUCGCGAAGAAUUUAAUAAUCUUUUAUCCAUCUCCACCAGGUAUUCCUGGAUUUUGGAAUAGAAGCUGGUUAUUAGAAGAUGGAGUGUCUUUGGAAAAAGCCUCUGUAAUACCAUUUAUAGUAAGAGGUCAUGCUGAUGGUUAUGGGUGUCUUCUUCUUAUACCCUACUUCAACGUUGGUAGUAAUAACAAGCCCCUUUUAGGCUCAGAAAAUCCUUUGAAUCAUGUUAAAACUUUCUGGUCUCGAAUUAGUGAAUAUGCAAGAGGAAAAAUAUUUAUAAUUGCUCAUAAAUCAGGUUGCGAAUUAGCUUUAAAGCACGCAAAUUUACCUCUUAAUGAAAGAAUCGAGGAUUUACCUCUAAUUGUCGAUGGUACUCACAUAUCCAUUGACCGUUUUUCUGCCGGUACUUUAUGCGAAGCAGAUGUACCAAAAAAUACUCUGGGGUCAAUCUUUAAAUAUUUCGAAUGUGUUCAACGUAGUCAGUCCCUUCCUCAUCGAUUUAUCAUUAAAAAUAAAGUGGAAAGUCAAAACGAUUCCCAACAGAUAGAUAAAGAUAAAACAUAUACAAUUGAAGCAGAAAAGAGUUCUCUUUUAGUUGAUCAAACAGAAGAAAGUUGA